GAGCCACUGACGGGUCACCACAUGGAGAAGACCCGGCCAGAACCCGUUCAGGAAAACCUACGUAAACCAGAACCUGAACUCCAACACUGGCCUUGGAGGAGUGCAAACGUGUUUACUCGGGGAGUAAAACAACUAAUUUGACAGUGCUUAAGCUUGUUGUCCAAUUGACUUAAGUUGAGAAUUUCAUGUUCAUGUUCUCAUUAUGGAGGAAACUUUUGUUUAGUAUCUCAUUACCUCCCAGAUUUGGGCAUAUUUUUCUCCCUUGGGGAGGGAGGUAAGGAAAGGGCUCAAUAAAACGUCAGCUUUGGUAGCCCUGAAUAGCCCCAACAUCAAAAACGACUGGCUGGCUUGGCAGUAUAUUUUGUGUCCUGGACGCAUCCUGAAGGAGACCAAGAACCUUCAACAUCUACAGGAUGACGUCAGGGUACAAUUGUUUAGUUAUUGGCCUCGCUAGGUGCCGUCUGGGUCUGUCUUCUAAUAAGUACCAAUUAUCAAAUGUAUUUUUAAGGACGUACAGCCAAUAUCCUCCCCACUUUGUGAAACCCGUGUACCAGCCUGCUCAGCUGGAUGACAUACUUGAAAGUGGUGAAAGCAAGAACCUUGAAUUCACUCCAGUCAGGGCUGCUUAUGUGAAUCACACCAGCUCUAUCUUUCAUGACAAAAUAGUCAUGAAGUUUACAAAUCAUGUAAUGAAGACUGGAAGAAAAUCACUAGCAAGAGAACUUGUGGAAAAGACAUUCCAGGAAAUUAAACGAAUACAGCUUCAGAAAUGGAAUGAGGCCAAAACUGCGGAAGAAAAGGCAAACACUGAAUGCAAUCCACUAACCAUCUUCCAUCAGGCUGUUGAGAACUGUCGGCCUGUCUUACAGCUGAUCCCCAUUAAGCGAGGAGGUAUAAGGUAUCAGGUUCCAAUUCCUAUAACUGACAAGCGGUCCUACUUCAUUUCCAUGAGAUGGUUUGUGCAUGCAGGAAGAGAGAAGGAGCGAAAAAUUCAUUUUCCAGAAAGAUUAGCGAGAGAGUUGAUUGCAGCAUCGAAUAAUGAGGGACGAGUGGUGAAGCAAAAGCAGGAUCUCCAUCGCCAGUGUGAAGCCAAUCGUGCUUAUGCCCAUUAUCGUUGGGGCUAAACUAAAGUAUCUCCUGGCACAGUCAUCUUCAGCUCAUGUUGUGUAAAUAACUCACUGUAUUAUCACAAGAAGAAUGUCAUGCAUGUUAAAUGUCCAAAGCAUAAAAUAAGAUGCUUGGACAUAGAACAGUGACAUUUGCCAAGUCACAUAUAUUUGGCCAGCGAGUUUUCUGUAAAAAAAAAGGCUCAUAGUCAAGUAGAUGAGCUCUAAAAUAAAAUAGUGUCUGUAUA